AUGUCGAAUCCACGGUCGUCGUCUCGAUACCGCGACGGCCACACACGAAAUCAAGGUCUGGGUGUCUUGAUUGCAGAAGACGCCGGGUUAAGUGCAGCGAAGAGAAACCUGAGUGCCGUGCCUGUCGUCGGCGGGGAGUCGAAUGCCAAUAUCCGCCAUCUACAUAUCGCCGUUCACCAGUUAGCCAACACGCUGAUGAAGCCUCGCCUGCUUCAGCUUCAACUUCAACUUCAACGCCCGGACAGCCAUUGA